GUAUCACCAGGCGACUAAUUUUGUAGGUCCUGGAAACGUCGAGCGAGAUCUACGCACAUCCUCCUGAGGCCAAAACUAUACAUAAUUCGAUGGAAGAGGUACGUAGGCUUGCAGCUAUCUCGCUGGCGAGCGUCGGAACACUAUGACGAAUAAACAAAGAGAUCAUCUGCGCUCUCGUCUACUGCCGGGUUUCGCUUCAAGGUGCCCGGUCUCACCCCAUCCUCUCAACUCUGCGUGCUCGUUUCAUGAUAGGAGGUGUUGCAGCUUAUUCUUUUUCUACCCCUACAUCGCAUCGCCGCCGCCUUGCUUCGUCUACCUUAAGGCACCGAAAAUGAUUCUACCGAUAUUCUGUACGAUCCAAGCGGCGUUGUGGUCUUUUGGGGAAACAUUGUAUCGCUCGCCAUCUUCAUCUUGGAGUCGGUCGUUCUAUUUCCAAGAAUUCUAUCGGCCCUUCGCGUUUUUCCUUCACUUUCCCUCUGACAGGGAUUCGUUCUCAGGAGUCGACCUGUCAUUCACAAAGGGAGUUCCACGGCUAUUGCUGGCGCCCGCUUCUGGCGCGGCAAUGACAAACGCACAAGCGGGCUGGCCCAAUUACCGCUCACUGUUGAAGCCAUUUUCGGCACAAGCCAAGACACCGAAGUCCCCCCAUGAUUAGGGCACUGUAAACUACUGCCUUCGACGGCAGCGAAAAUACCAUUGUCGGCAUAUGCGGACGUCUUUAUCAAAAUGAAUAUUCAUCCACAUGGGGCACCGACUGGAGCAUUGGGCCCAGUCACACGUCAAAACGUUUGAAAUGGGGGGAAGUCGCUUUACCGCUCCGGCAGCUCUUUUUCGCCAAAAUCCUCCUGCGUGCCAAGAGCCUCUUCCGCCGC